AUGAAUUGUCGAUUGAUUCACAGCUUGGGUCACCCUUCUGAUGAUGUUGUUUAUGUGAAUGAACAAAAGGGGAUCCAAGAUGAAUUUUAUUUCCUCCUCAAUUUUUCAGAUACUGCUCCUACUGCAAGAAAGUUCUACAAGGAUAGUCCAGGUCUCAUGAAGUAUGAAGAAAUGCAAACACUGAUCAGAGAAGCCUUGAAUUUUGACAGAAGGGAUGACAGAUACAAGAAAGAUGAGUUGAUGGGACAAGCAGCAGUAGAUGUCAUGAUCUCGUAUUACUACCAAUUGAAUCCAGAAAAAUUCUUGCAGAUCAGAGAGGCCAAUUGA